AUGGAGACAAAUUCUGUAGCUGCUGGAUUUCCUGCCUACACUAGGGGCAGAUGGGAAACUGAUCAAGCUGCAAAAUGGGCCAAUCCAGUGUAUGUCCUCUCGACCCACUUGAAAAACUCGAUUUUUACCCGAGGAGCCGGAGGACGAGGAAGGGUCCCGGCCAUGACCCGUACCCAUUUCGCUCAUUUACAACCUCGUGACUUGACUGCAUUGCUGCAGCGCAUCAAAGAAGCAGAAGUAGCAAUGGCUCGUCUGAUCCGGCGAUGGCCGCUGUUGCAUAACCAUUGUUUCUCUAACGCUGCACUCAUUUACGUACUCUCUGAAUCCUUAACUGUAUCCACCAAAGCCAACUCUCCUCGCCUUUCUCUAACUAAAGUUACAGCUUCUAAUCGUAGCUUGCAUUUUCGACCACGCGGUCCCAAGUUACCUAAUUCUCCAACACGUUCUGAUUUCGGACAGGGAGGAAAUGUAAGCGAUUCGGAUUCUGAAGCAAACAAAAGCCGCAACCAAAAAAAGCGCGAGGCUCGACGCGCUGUUCAAUGGGGCAUGGAGUUGGCUUCCUUCUCUCCACCUCAAAUCAAACGCAUUAUCAAAGUCGCUUCACUUGAAAAAGGUGUGUUCGAUGCGUUAAUGCUAGUUAAGAGACUAGGACCGGAUGUUCGAGAAGGAAAGCGGAGGCAAUAUAAUUAUAUUGGAAAAUUGUUGCGGGAUGUAGAACCUGAAUUGAUGGAUGCUUUGAUUUAUUCUACAAAAGAUGGUGAUUGGAGUAGACUGCAGGGCUUUUCUGGUUUGGAGGAAAAGAUUGUUGGGGACAAAAAUGAAGGAUCGGAAGAAAGUGAAUACGAAGUGGAAGAGGAGGUUUCGCAUGAGUACAUCGAUGUAGCAACCAGAUGGUUUGAUGGCCUGAUUAAUAGGGACGUAAAGGUUACCAACGAGGUUUAUGCACUUAGCAGCGUUGAUUUGGACCGUCAGGAAUUACGUAAACUUGUACGGAGAGUGCAUGCAGUUCAAGAACGCAAGGGUGUUACCGAAGAAAAUGAGCAAGAAGUGGACACUGCAAUCACAGGUGCCAAAAAGUCCCUCACUCGUUUCCUCCGUGGCCUUGCUAAGCAGAUGGCAAGUGAAGCUAGUCAUAUUGAUUUGUAA